AUGGGGACCACGGUCUGCGGGGUGCUGCCCUGUGACGAGCCCACGGUGGCAAACUCCGCCAUCAGCGCCACAGACAGUCUGGUGAAGGCUUGUGCUGAGAGCAACACAGCCAGAAAGAUCACGGACAGCACGUACUGCACGCCCCAGUGCGACACGGGCUACGUACCCCGGACCUCCACUGGCAGUGCUCAGCUUUACUGCUUCGAGAGUGUCCUGAGCCCUACCACCUUCGUGUGCGAGCUGCCGGCGGCGUCGGUGUUGUCCAUCUUCGCGCCCUCCCGGCCGAAGCCGGAGGGGGCCGUGGACAAGAUGUUGCAGUUCGCCCCCGGCAAGUCGAACGACUGCGUUUGGUCAGGCUACGAGUUUCAGGGAAAGCAGGAGGUGGACGGCACCACGACCGACUACGGGACCAUGACAGGCUGUGAGGAUAGCGUCUGGACCUCCCGGGACUCGGUGAACUGCACGGCGGUGGAGUUGGUGGAGGGCGGUACCUACAAGUUCCGUGUCCGGGAGAUUUGCACGGACACGAACAUGAACAGCCCCUGGACGGAAUCCGAAAGCUUCACCCUGCGCUUCGUCAUCCCACCCGACAUCCUACUGAAGCUGCCCACGGACGACCAGUUCGCGGCUGUGAGCCAGGCCCUGUUGGCCAUGCAGGUGGACGUGCACACCACCACGGACGCGACGAAGGCCUUUGUGGUGAACAGGGCCAACAUCCGUGUGGGCGGGGAGGUAUGGUGCCCGACCAUCACCUGGCGCGUGCCUGCAAACGAGAUUUUGGACGGCAGCCCCUCGGGCAAGUCCACCGUGGGUUUGAUCCAAAAGCGGAUCCUCAUCGCCAACUUCCCGGACACGGACUUUAUCAAGCCAGGAUGCUGGUACGACAUCUUUUGCGAAGCAGGCCUGUUUGUCACGGAGGAUACGCCUUCCAAGGUGAACCCGCAGUUCCAGUGGAACUUCAGCUACAUCGACCCCUCUCCGGUGAGGAAGGUCCUCCAGAUGCAGGGCCAGGAAGUCAAAGACGAUGGGAUCCAAGUCAAGUUUCUAGUGACGUAUGACUUGUCUUCGCAGAUCAAUUGCACGGUGGCGCCUGUGGAACCGGAUGCGGAGCCCAAUCGCAUCACGGGGCGGGUGACCAGCGGGGCGGCGCGGCCGCCCAUCUUCGCCAGCGACGUCAACCGGACGCUUGGGGAGUUCUUGGUCUUCGACGACGUGGCCUUUGAGUUCACCGCCACCGGCCUGACCCCCAGCAAGAAGUACACCCUGAACUGCGCGGGCUGGAAGCGGGACAAGUUCUGGGUGCCAGUGGUGUGCUCCAACUUCCCGGAGAGCUGCCCUUACAUCAGCUUCACCACGCUUGACGACACGCGUAGUGACAUCAAGCCGUUGAACAUCCUCAAGACAGCAGUUUGCGCUGAUGGAACGGAGGCGACCAUCGCCUCGGAGACCCAGACCUUCGACCAGAUCAGCACUGGCAUCGUGAUGCUGCUCUCGCAGCACGAGCGAGUGUGCAACAACGAGCUGGUGGAAGGCCAGGUGGCCGACACCAAGGUGCACUUCGCGAUCACUCCCCUGUCGGACUUCGCCACCCUGACCUACACGGCUCCGGUGACCCAGUCAGCCUCCUCGGCGACCUAUGAGGCUCACACCUUCUCUUACGACAAGCAGGCGGAGAGCGCGAGGCUGCUGAUGUUGACCAACUCGCUGGACUUCACCGUGUGCCCCCACGCGAGCACUACAUCGUCGACGCGACGGCUUACCCUUGCAAGCAGUACGCGUUGA